AUGGGCUUUGCAGGGCUCUGGCGCGGCAACUUCUCCAACGUCAUGAGGGUUGUCCCAACCUACGGCGCCAGGUUCUGGCUCUUCACUUAUUUCGACAGCAGAUUAGUUGUCGCGCAGAACGACACCAGGCAUUUCAUCUCUGGCGGUUUGGCCGGGGUUGGAGCUUUACUGCUGACCCAUCCGCUGGAUACCGUGCGCACACGUUUGGCUGCUGCCCGGAUCUUCGCAGAUGAGCUGUCCUAUCGGGGCUUCAUGGACUGCGUGCGGCAGACCUGGCACCGUGGUGGCGUGGCUGGGCUCUAUGUGGGGUGCCUCGCCAGUAUGCUGGAAAUCGCGCCCUACACCGCCAUCGCCUUCACCAGCUACGAAGGCCUGAAGCAGCGCCUGCUUCCUGGCACCACCACGCAGAGCUCCAGCAUUUGGUGCCGCCGUGUCUUCGCAGGCCUCUGCAGUGGGGUGGCCGCCACCACUUUUUGCUAUCCCCUGGACACGGUGCGACGGCAGCUCAUGCUGGAUGGGGCACUGGGCUUUGAUUCCAGAUACAAUGGCAGUAUUUGGCAGUGCUGCCGAUACCUCUGGUCGCAGGGAGGGAUUUUGCCCUUCUAUCGCGGAUGGACGGUAACCUUAAUGAAGAGCGUGCCCUCGGUGUCCAUCACCUUCCUGACCAAAGAUAUGCUGCUCAGCGAGCUUGGCAGAUUCACUUAG